CUGUGCAGUGCUUCUGGUCUUUGGCGAGAGUAUCAGUACAUAAACAUAAGUAUGACAUGGACAGAUGCUCAGAGUUACUGUAGAGAGAGAUUCACUGAUCUGGCUACUGUAGACUCGAUGGAUGAUGUAAACACGAUGGUGAAAACAGUGAAUGAUGGGUACAGAGGAUCAGUGUGGAUUGGACUGCAGAAUACGAAACAGAGCCGUUGGGUUUGGUCAAAUGGAGAAGAUAACAUCUCAUACAGUCCAUGGGCCAAAGGAGAACCUAAUGAAGGAGCAGAUUGUGUCUUAUUUCUCAAUAAUACUUGGAACGAUUGUUCAUAUAAAGUCAAAUUACACUUUAUCUGCUACAAUAUAACUAGUGGAUACAUCCGAAUACGUGUAUUGAAAAACUGGACAGAUGCUCAGAGUUACUGCAGACAAUAUCACACUGAUCUGGCCACCAUCCAUAACUCUGAAGAGCAGAACAAGCUUUAUACAGCUGUUGGAGAUAACUGGUCAUGGGUCUGGAUCGGUCUGUUCAGAGACUCUUGGCAGUGGUCUGAUCAAUGGAAUCUCGCCUUUAGAAACUGGGCAACAGCACAACAAUUUCAGAGUUAUGGUGACUGUGCUGCCAUGUCAACAACUGAUUCUGGGAAAUGGGUUCAGUACAGCUGUGACCAACAGUACCAUUUCAUCUGCCAUGGAGGUGAGCAGAAAUGCUAAGCAGCACAAGCGUCAUGGGUUAAACUCACAGUGAACACAGAUCAUG